AUGCCCGGCUCAUGUGCAGCAUGCAAUAAGGCAGUUUUAGUCACGCAAAAAAGAUUGAAAUGUUCAAGUGCGAUAUGCUCUCUAUUAUACCAUAGCGAAUGUGUAAACUGUGAUGAUAGUAGCUUAACAAACCGAGCUACAUGGAUUUGCCCUCAAUGUGCUGCAAGGAAACCAAAGCGAGAUAAUACAAAUACACCAAUUCGGAGUCAAGGUCACAAGCAGCAGUCGCCUGACAAUGCUUCCGUCUCGCCACCUCUAUUAUCGAUGGGUAAUCCUGUUUGUGAUUUCGUGGAAGAGAUUAGGAUUUUACGGCAGGAAAUAAGUGAGCAAUUUGCAAACCAACGAGCUUGUUUGGACAAAUUCGAUGCUAAACUUAGUGAUGUACAGCGAGAGGUAAAAGACCUUGGAGGUAAAUUUAAUAGUUUGAAGAAAGAUGUGGAUGAGCUAACUAAAUCUGUGCAGUUCCUAUCUGAUGCUCACGAUGAACAGAUUGGGCUAAACGAUGAAGUUAAGAAUUCCCUAUCUAAUUUAAAUUCGGAGAACCAAAACUUGCGAUCACAAAUAUUUGAACUGGAGGGUAAAAUGGACCAACUCGAGCAGCAGGCCAGGGAUUGUAACGUGGAACUUCAGUGUGUCCCUGAGAACAAAAAUGAUGAAAAUAUUCUUACCAUUGUCCAGCAGAUGGCGUCGAUUGUCGCCUGCGACUUAUCGGAUCAAAAUAUUCUGAGUUGCCACAGAGUUCCUAAGGUGGAUUCGAGCUCGCAACGCACAAGAAGCAUUGUGGUAAGAUUAGCUAGCCCAAAAAUACGGGACGACCUUCUGGCUUCCGUCAAACGAUUUAAUAAAAAGAAUCCCCAGAACAAACUUAACACAUCGCAUCUGGGAUUUGCUGGACAAAACUCACCGGUCUAUGUUGUGGAACACUUGUCUCUAAAGAAUAAAAGGCUCCAUGCUGCCACCAGACUGGCUGCAAAAGAGAAGAAGUAUGAAUUUGUGUGGAUAAGAAACGGUCGCGUUUUCGUUCGAAAAAAUAAUGAGUCUGCAGCUCAGUGGAUUAAAAAUAUUGAUGUCUUAAAAAAUUUAAAAUAA